ACACGUCGUGCUAUCCCUCUGCAAAUCGAUCGACUUUUCACUUGUUUCAAGAGUGUAGUGCGUAGUACUUAGAUACUCCCUAAAAAUUCAGUCGUAGGGCACGUUUGUACCACAAGAAUAAGAAACAGUUUCAUAAUCGAGCAAAAUGACGAAAGGUUUGGAAACGGUGGCUACGAUGGCUUGCAUGAAGACCCUGCUGAUGCUCUUCAACUGUAUCUUCUGGAUAUUUGGCCUAUUGGUACUGGGCAUUGGAAUUUGGACGCGAAUUCAACUUCAUGAUUACAUGGACGUAAGCGCGGAAAACAGCAGGGCAGCUUUAUUGGCAUUGGCUUGUUUGGGCGGCAUUUUAACUUUGACAGCGACACUUGCCUGCUGUUGUACAACUCACGGCCAUCCAGCCCUCUUGUUUCUGUACGGUGCUUUCUUGGCUAUUGUUGCAUUACUGGAACUUGCAGCUGGUGCAUCGAUUUAUGCUUACCGUAACAAUCUAAAUGAAAAAUUUGAUCACGAUCUCAAUCAAACGAUGCUCAUCUAUGGCCAGAAUGAGAAGAAGAGCGCUGAUAUCGACACUAUACAAUCUACAUUGCAAUGCUGCGGUAACAGAGUUUAUGCCGAUUGGUUGAACAUGUCUCCAGCAAUGGAAAUUCCGUUGUCUUGUUGCAAAGCAAGCGUGCCAGAGAAAAAUUGUAACGUUAACGAUAUAAAUGACAUUUAUACUCAGGGCUGCUACACUCGCGUGUUACGCUUCAUAAAUGGUAACAUUGGCUUGGUUGCUGGAAUAGCAGUCGGCGUAGCAUUCUUUCCUUUCAUAGGCGUCUUCCUAGCUUGUUGUUUGGCUAGCAACAUCAACAAAGUCAAGUAUGAGCAGGUUGCUUAGAAUUUGCGUCGUUCGCAUAAAAUUCUGUGCCAGUGAGAAAAAUCUGCACUGCUCAGGAGAAGAACGUUUUCAAACCAACAACCUCCAUUCUAUACUAGCGAAUAAAGUUGCACGAUCACGUAUCAAAAUCUCAUAAAGAAUGAGACUGUUAUAUAUGGAUGCUGCAUCAGAAUCAUUAUUUUUCUUAUUAUGGUUAAAAUAACGAUGCAAACAACAAAAUGUUAUCACAAAAUGAUUCAAUUUGUGGAAUAGACAAAUAUCUUAUCACAUAUGCCGUUUGAUCUUUUCAUUCAAAAUGUACAUAUUGUGCCAUUAUUUCUUUUAUAAACAGAUACAUUGGUCUGAAUGAAAAAUUCAACGUGAAAUCUGCACACAACACAGAACAUGUUACGUUAUUAUUCUGUAUUUUUCUCAGAGCUUUUAAUUUAGAAAAAAAAACAGUGAGAAUUAAUAACAUUUUUUUAUAUAUUACAAACGUAUAUUAUUAUUAUUAUUCGUAUAUAUUAUAAAAAUCUUUUAAAUUGUUACGUGUUGUUACGUUAGAAGGAUCAGAUUUCAAAGAUAAGAUAUCAAAAACGAUAAUUGUCCGCAAAUAUAAAAUUUGCGGAUAAAAUUUUUUUUUUUAUAGAAAU